AUGGUUUGGGUAGAGUCAGCCCCGGUGAGUGAAGCUCCAACACCGUUGAACGAUGAAGAACCGGUCAUCAAACUAAUUCAUGCUCCGCAUACUCCCUUGGUGAUUGCCUUGACAAAGACUUCUGUUUUGAUCUACCAUCAAUCUACUUUAUUACCUUUAACUUGUCAUAACCGACUGGAAACUUCUUUAAACAAUCAGGGGUAUAACCUUGAUAUCAAGGUGAAACAUGUCUCGGUGGAUACCGCUCAAUUGGUGAAAGUCCUGACCAUUAAUCUUUUCAUUCAAACCGAUCUGAAUUACUUGAUCAUUUAUCAAGUCUUUAUCAAUUACAAUAAAUCCUUAUUUGAAGUUUAUAAUAAAUCAAAUGGUGAAUUGUUACAAAAUUCCUUACCCUUGUCUGAUACCAGCUCGCUGUUUAGCUUGACCAAUCUAAUCAAGUCUGCUACGAAAACAAUUAUGCUGGGGAAUGAAAAUCACGUCAAUUUGGAAAAUAUCGAACAUUUUAAUAAUGGGCCAAUAGAAGAUAAACCCGGUGAUAACCUCCCUUAUGUAAAACUUUCAAUCUUUAAAGUUUUGAAAAUUAGCAUCGGUAUAGAUAAAUUUUGGGUAAGAUCAAAUUCUCAUAACUUAAUCAUACUAAAUAACUUUGAAUUUCAAAUUAUAAACUUGAAUACCUUUCAUAAUCAGGUCUGGAACUUGAAAGAAUUGGAAUGGUUUGGCCAAGACUGGCAAAUUAAAUCGUUUAACUACAACGUGUUUCAUAAUUAUUUUAUUUUAAUUAAUCAAUGGAAUGAAGUUUGGUUUGGGAAUAUUGAAUCAAACCUUGAUUCAAAACCUCUGAUCUUAGGUGAACACUUAUUUACUUUGACGAAUGACUUCGAUUAUUGUAAUGUCAUUUUCAACCCUCAGUUACCUUUAAUUCUAAUUCAAUUCAAUUCAUCUUGUCAAUUAUUUAAAUUAGAAACCUUAAACAAAAUUCGUCAUUUCAAAUUUCAAAAAAUUAUUCAUGAUUCGAAAAAUUGCUGGCAUUUAGAUAUUAAAUGGUCUCCCUGUGGAGAAUAUCUUAUUUUCAUUAAUACCUUAAAUGGGUUUUGGAACAUUUACUCAAAAUUCGGUAACUCAUCCUUCGAUUCUUUCAACAUCUUGAAUGAAUUGACUGAUCAUGAAAAUGAUGCCCUUGAUUUCCUAAAAGCUUCAAAAAUAUUAAUAUCUCCUAAUUCUUUACAAUUGUAUAUACUUAAUAGGGAUCAAACUUCUUUAUACCUUAUCAAUUUACUUAAGUCUAAUGGAUUUGGAAAUCAAAAUGUCUUACUAUAUAAUAAAGACUAUAUAAGUCAACCAAGUCUAGAUGAUAAUAUGAACCGAUUCCCAAUCUCCUCUAGUCUUAAAAAAAUAUUAACAAACAUUGAGUUUUUGAAUGGAUCCAAAAAUGAUGAUCAAUUGAAAAAUUUAAAUGGUAACUUCAAAAUAUCUUAUAAUAAAUUUAAUCAAAUAGGUAUGAGUUUUGGAAAUCAUGUUUCGAUUUCAACUCCUACAAAUGAUGGGUUUAAAUUGAAUCAUGUUCUAUGGUUUAAUUUCCAUGAUUAUUAUAUGGAAACUUUAAAUAUCAUCGAUCAUUUCUGGUAUGAUGAUUAUUUGAUAUUAAUCAACAGAUUUGUCAAAGACGAAGAAAUACUAAUCGAUGAAUUAAUUGUCCUUGAUACUACCUUAUCAAAAUAUGGUCACGGAGGUUCAAAAAAUUUUAUUUUUGAUAGUGAUUUAAUUAUUUGGAGACAUAACUUUAAUAAUCAGAUCUUAAGUCAUGAACUAAGUGAAACGACAAAUCAUCAAGUUAAAAACUUGACAAUCAUUGGGAAUGAUAUGAAGAUUAUCAUCGUUGAGUUAUCAAAGGAUAAAAUCAAUCCAAAGACAAAUAAACAGUAUCGAAUUUUCAUUGGUGUCAAUAAGCGUAUUCAUUUGUCAAGUAUUCAACAUAAAAUAGAAUUAAAUCUAAUUCAACAAGUAUCUAUGAUUGAAGGUAAACACUUCUUACUACUAUUACGAAAUGGUGAUUUUUAUUUAUUAAGAAAUCAAACUCAAGUCGAAGAUACUUCCGAAAGCAAGACUAAUAAUAAGAAUCCAAUAGAUUUAUUAAGACCAAACAAUAAUAUGUAUGAUUUGAUCAAAAUACAAGAGUCAGUUGAAUACUUUCAAAUUAAGAGUUUAGAAAAUUUCGCAACUGUUAUCUCAUUAUUCAAUGGAGAUUCAUUAUUAAUUUAUAAUUUAUUCGAUAUGAUCGAAUCAGCAUUUGAUAAUUCUAACUAUAAUGAUGAUGGAUUAGACGAUUCAGAUCAAAUUGGAAUUAAUGCACAGAAGAACGUGAUUGAUCCAAUUGAUAUUAAAACAUUCAAUAAUAAUUAUCCAUUGUCUAUGAAUAAUCUGACCCAUGAUAAAAUAUCAGAAUCUAUUGAAUUGCUUGGACUUGAAGUUUCUCCCAUUUUGAAAAGCAACGUCUUUUAUCUCAAACAUAAUAUAAAUCAUCAAUUAAUUCUUAAUAAUUUUAUCGAAUAUGAUUUAUAUAAUGCCCAAUUAUCUAAUGAAAAAAUAAUUACAAAGUAUGAGAAAUUCCAAAAUUUUAAAUACUGUUUGGAAUUGAUUUUAUUCAAUCAAUUGACUAGUACUGAUGAGAAACUCGACCAAAUGAGUGACAAUUCAACCAUCGAUGAAGACUUGAAGAAAAUUAUGAACUUAAUUGAAGAUGUUAAAUCGGAUUCAAUCUAUAUAAACUGCUUGAGAAAAGUUGAAGUAGGAUAUUGGCACCAAUUCUUCGAGACAUUGAACUUAUCUCCAGUCGAGUACAUGAACAGGUUGAUUGAGUCUCAAGAUGUUGAGUUAUGUUACAAUUUCUUAAUUGUCUACUUAAACUUUAAAAAAGAAUUCGAUGACGACUUUGAACUUGAUUCUAAUAACGAUCUAGACAACGACGAUGAGAAAAUCAUUCUAACUAUCAUUCAAAUGUUGGACGACUCAGCCAAAUGGGACUCCUGCUUCGAGCUCUGUCGUUUUAUCAAACUAUUAGACCCUAGCAAUAAGCUUUUAAAAUCAAUUAAGAACACCUUAAAUAAAUAA